AUGGUAGCAGAAAAGCGUCCUCAAGAAUCCGCAGAGAGCGAGCCCAAACGUAUUCGUGUUGGUACCACUCGUACCGAUGUCGAUGUGCACAUGGUGCCUCAUGCACCCAAAGUACCCAAAACUGCCAUUGAGAAAGAGAAUGCUAGACGACUCAUUGUCAUCUUGGAACAAGCAACAUUGGAAACACUCAAGAUUGGCAAAAACAAAGAAGGCCACUAUCAGCUCUUGAACGUCGACGAUCAUUUGCACAUACUCAAAAAGAACAACCGUGAGACCUACGAAGCCCGUCCUGACAUCACACAUCAAUGUCUCUUGACACUCUUAGAUAGUCCUUUGAACAAGGCAGGUCUUUUGCAAGUCUACAUCCAUACCCACAAGAACGUCUUGAUUGAAGUCAACCCUCACAUCAGAAUUCCUAGAACUUUCAAGCGUUUUGCAGGUUUGAUGGUUCAAUUACUUCACAAAUUGAGUAUCCGUGCUGUCAACGGCAACGAGAAGCUCUUGCGUAUCAUUGAAAACCCUGUCGAAAAGUACUUACCAAGCAAUAGUCAUAAGAUCGCCCUUUCUUGGGAUGCACCCACCGUCAAACUAUCAGAAUACAUGCCUACCAUUCCCAAAGAUAAGAAUAUUGUGGUUGCAGUUGGUUCAAUGGCCCACGGUACUGAUGAUUUUGCUGAUGCUUAUGUGGACGAGAAGAUCAGUAUAUCCGACUAUUCGUUAUCUGCAUCAGUUGCUUGUGGUAAAAUUGCAUGCGCAGUAGAGGAGAUGUGGGGAAUUUUGUAA